AUGACCAAGAAAAGGGGACAAUCCCAACAAGAUGAUGACGACGACAACGACAAUAAUAAUAAUCGUAUCGACAAUCUCGAUGACAACGUGCUAUUAGAAAUCCUAGAAAGGAUACCAUGGAUAUGGGCAGUCGAAUGCAAAUGUGUUUGCAAAAAAUGGUACAAUUUAAUUUCAGACUCUCAUUAUAGUAUAUGCUCCCCUUUUACCUUCAUCUUCCAACUCGAUUAUUAUGAUAAGUAUCAAGUCAAUCGAGAUGGGUUCGUGUUCUAUGGUUUCACCGAACACCCCGGUUUCAAAACCCUUGGUUUAUCCCUAUCUUUUCUUCCUUGCUACAACCGUACUAACCCUUUUCGUCCCGUACAUAUAGUCAUGUCUUACAAUAAUCUCUUAGUGUGUAGCGAACCUCCUAUUUCUAAUCCUAUUGGCAUUAUAAGUGAAACCGUUUACUACAUUGUGGAUCCUAUCAUGAGGCGGUACAUACAAGUACCUCCUGUCUUAACUAUACAAAAGCCGGCUGCUUAUGGGCUUUUUGUCGCAAAUAGUGCUUUGUUUUUGAGUUAUAAAAUGGUGCGUGUGUCGUCGUGUUGGAGUAGUUGGAUGCAUGAAAGUGAAUAUUUUUGUAUCGAGGUUUUUUCUUCUGAGGUGGAGGAGUGGAAGAGGACUUGGUUUUUAUCCCCGAAAAGGAAGUUGUUUAAUGAUGGAGGGUGUUCUAGUACGAGUGCAAUCGCCGUAAAUAAUAAACUACAUUGGGUGGUAGAAAGGAAUGUUCUAGUCUAUGAUUCGUCUAACGAAACAUGUACCUUCAUUGAAGUGCCGCCUCCACAAAGCAUGGCGAAAGUCACUCGUUGUCUAGGGGAGUUUGAUGGCCUGAUUUGGCUGUGCCAAUUGGAAAGUUGUGCUCCUUUUAAUAAUAUUCUUAAUGUAUGGGAGCUCGAGGAAUAUGGAUCAGGCCAUAUAAAUUGGAGAUUAGAACAUUAUAUGAUGUGGUUUGGUUUGGAAGUUGAAAAGUUUAAGAGUAAUGAAGUGUUGGCUUUCCAUCCAUUUGACCCUAAUACUUUGUUGAUGACCUAUGGUGAUGGAUUGGUUAGGUAUAACCUCAGGAGAGGAACUCUAAAAGAAGUCAUGAGUUGGCGCGGUUGUGAUUCAUCACAUGUGUGGACAACGAAGAGGGUAUUUCCGCAUCAUUCAUCCACCCGAUUCUAUAGUUCUACCUUCUACUCCAUGAUAGAUUUAACUUAA